CGUGCCUUCGCCAGAGCCGCUAACGCCGGCUUUGGGGUACAGGGGCUUCAGAAGCAGCGAGGGAAAAAGGCGGUUGACCAUUCCCCAGCCAGUCGCCACCAUGCCCAUCUCUCCAGUAAACGGCCGCAGGCAGCCGAGCGUCGGGGUAAACGUUGGCUUAGCGCCAAGGAAGUCUAUUAGCUUUGUUGGUGCAAGCAAAGGAACUCUAAUGAAAGGAGGAUAUGCUGGUGCAAACCAAAGCAGAAUGGCUAUGUCAAAAAACAUGAUGAUUCUACCUGAAGCAAAACAAGUAGAAAAAAUGACUAUUUCCUCUGCAAAGACAAUCACACAGGUGACUGAUAUAAAUGGAGUUGAUGUUACUCCCAGACCUCUUUACCGUCCAGAUCCAUAUUCCAGUACAGGAAAGCCAAAUAAGCUAUUGACUUCACAAGACGGAUCACAUACAUCAGACUUUAUAGCUUCCUAUAGCCUUUAUCAGAAUACAAUAAAUCCUAGUAUGUUAGGGCAGUUUACCAGGUCAGUUUUAGGAAGCAGCACAGUUUCUAAGUCAACUGUAUCCACUACUGAAUCAAUGGCAGAAGACCUAGAAGAACCAUCCUUUAAACGGGAAAGAUUGUCUAGUCUUACAGAAUCUGAAGAAGCUGAGAAAGUAAGCCAGAGAAACAAGACCUAUGAGACUCUUUGUCGAAAUAGAUUGGGCAAUGACUUAUACGUAGAAAGGAUGAUGCAGACUAUUAAUGGAGCACCAAAGAAUAAAGACGUUCAAUGUGACAAAAUCUUGAAAGAAGAAAAAGGUAAUUUAUGUUAUAUUCUGCUUGGCUUUGGAGAGGGCUUCAGGAUGUUAAAAAGCUGCCUCGUGGUUGCAGAGAGGGGCUUCAAGCAGAAGCCCUAA